GCGAGUAUUUUACAACCUCAUCCAUAUCAAGUCACCACACCAGUUCUGUGUCCGAAUGUGGUCAGCGGUGUGUACGUGUCGAGACAUGCGUCGGAUUUAAAUACCACUCAACCAAUAACCAGGAGCUUGGCAUAAACUGUGAAAUUUUGAAGAAAAUUGAAACCUGUUCGCAACCGGAAAAUGAAAUCAACGAAAUAUCGUGGAGAAUAUACAUGCCAAUUGCAGCUAAAAAGGUAGGCUAA